UUAAACGGGCGUCUGGACCAGAGUUGGAUUGCACCUAGCUAGCCACCCUCAGUUCCUCCCAUGUUCACCACAUCAAUCACCGCACAAUGAAGCGCCUGUGGAAACUUUCAGACGCAGUCCAGGCCGAGCUCCAAUGUCUCCACAGGCACACUCACUCUUCUAAACCCAAAACCAUACCUCCACUUUCCCUAUUCACCCUUACAAACGACACUAAUUACAGAUUUACCCACGACCUCUGUUCGCCGUCCCGCACCAACACCUUCGAGAGCAUCAUUAGUUUGUUCUCCGACAAGCUCGCACACCUGAACGCCAGCACUAGAGAAGAUUUGACAAAGAAUGUCUCGUCUUUGACCGUUGAGUUGCUGCAAUACGUUGCGGAUUUGCAUAGGGUUUAUGGGGUUUUGGAGGAGAAAGGUUUGCCUUUGUUUCAGAAUCAUAAGGAUGGAUCGGCUUUUGUUGAGCUGCUCAAGCAGUUGGGUUCUUGGCCUAAGUUAGCACUAGAGGUUGUUCACUGGAGGAGAAAGCAGUCUGAGCGUGGUACUCCCAUGACUCCGGAAGAGUAUUCAAAGUGUAUUACGGCUGCUGGUAGGAUUAACAAUGUAGAUCUUGCUGUUGAGCUGUUUACUGAGGCGGCUAAGAAGCGUGGUAAGACAACCUGUACUUAUAAUGCUCUAAUGGGUGCUUAUAUGUACAAUCAACUUGGUGAUAAAUGUCAGUCAUUAUUUCGGGACUUGAAAAAGGAAGCUAAUAUUAGCCCUUCAGUUGUAACAUACAACAUUCUUAUAUCUGUCUUUGGCCGUAUGUUGCUGGUCGAUCACAUGGAGGCCGCAUUUCAGGGAAUGAAGGACUUAAAUCUCUCACCAAAUGUACGCACAUAUAAUAAUUUAAUUGCUGGAUACCUGACUGCUGGGAUGUGGGAUAGUAUGGAAAUGACUUUUCAGAUGAUGAAUGCACAAGGAGUAAAGCCAGAUAUUUACACCCACUCGCUAUUGCUUCGAGGGUAUGCUCAUGCUAGGAAUAUAGAUCGGAUGGAAGAGACAUAUGAAUUGAUAAAACAUCAUGUUGUUGAUAAUGAAAUCCCAUUGAUCAGAGCCAUGAUAUGUGCAUAUUGUAAAAUUUCUAUCGCUGAUAGAAUUAAAAAGAUUGAGGCUCUAAUAGGGCUUAUUCCAGAGAAGGAGUAUCGACCUUGGUUGAAUGUGCUAUUGAUUAGGGUUUAUGCUCAGGAGGAUUGUUUACUGGGGAUGGAAAAUUCAAUAAAUGAGGCAUUUGAGCAUAAAACCUCUGUAACAAAUGCCAGAGUUAUGCGAACCAUUAUUGCAAGUUAUUUCCGGUGCAAUGCUGUGGACAAGCUUGCAAACUUCAUAAAGCGUGCUGAAUCUGCUGGGUGGACAAUCUGCCGGUCCUUAUAUCACUGUAAAAUGGUUUUGUAUGGAGCACAAAAUCGCUUAGAAGAAAUGGAGAGUGUCCUUAAUGAGAUGGAGAAUUUCAACGUUAAUCGCACUCAAAAGACAUUGUGGAUAUUGUACCAUGCCUAUUCAACAUGUGGUCAAAGACAAAAGGUCCAGCAAGUAAUAGGAUUGAUGUGGAAGUUUGGAUGUGAGGUUCCUUUGGAUGCAUUGCUGUCACAACAUUCCAAUUCAUGCAGCAGCACUACAAGUUGCAGAUAGCAUUCAGUUGUCAUUUUGAAUGAUUCAUCAAAUCUGUAAGAUGGGAUUGAGGUUGCAAAUAGUUUAUAGGUACUCCAUCUUUUCUCUCGCUUGGUUUGUUUAAUACCUUGUAUAAUGUUUUUGCUAGUUUGAAGCCUUUGGUACAUAAACUCCCUGGUAUUGCAUAAGAGUGUAUUAAAUCACUGAAUGGUCUAAAGUCACAGAUAGUGUGGAGCACAGAGUUCAGCAUUGAUGGAAAUAUUUUUUUAAGAUAUUCAAUUGUUUUGCAUCAGUUCCUCAAUGUGGAACUUGCCCAUUGUAUGAUUUUGUGUGUCUAGACUACUGUUCAGGUACGAUUCAUCUCAUUCAUGCAUAUGGGGGUGAAACUAUGAUAUUGCUGAUGGAGUUUGACUUUUUAGAACAGGGAUUAUUAGAAUUUAGAUAUUUAUGAAAGGGAUUCAAGGCUUUAUAUAUAGGAAACCUGUUUGAUGGUGAAAACUUGAAGAGUUGUGAAGCAACUAGUUGCCUUCAGUAUUCCAGUAAAUAACAACGUAAGUAGUAACUAUUAAAAUUCUAAGACAAAAUAAUUUGAGAAAAGCAUGCAAUAGGAGAUGUGAAAACACUAGAUAAUCAUGCCUUUUCAAUAAUAAUCCAAAUAACUGGAUAUUGCACUAAUUUGACUUUAGUCAUAUGAGUAGGCUUGAUUCAUAUUGUAAUAUGAUUGUGAUUCCUAAAAUCAAUAGAACUAGGUAUCGUAUCUGACUAGAGUUAACAUAAAACCCUCUUCACCUUGCAGUAGCAUCUACCAGUUAAAACAAUCUUGUGGUACUAAUUUGUCAAGUGUCUAAAACAUAUUAAUUCAUUACAAAUCAGCCCAGUCAGGCUGCUGGUAAUAAGAGUUAUGAAAUAUUAGUCCUCUUGAAGAAGAUACUAGUUGAAAUUCUUUCUGAAAAUCUAGAACGAAUACAAUUAGUUUGUAAUUUCUGAGGGGAAUGUUCUUGAAUCUAAAGUUCUGUCUUUUCUUUGUUUUGGUUCUGUUGGUUGC